AGGAGGGGCGGGGACAGCGGUGGCCGGGAUGGGACCGGGCGGCUUCAAGCGGUGGCUGUCCUCAUCUGCCCCAGCUCCUCGGGUCUGUGUAGUGGGGAGCGGGCCCGCGGGGUUCUACACAGCUCAGCACAUCCUCAAGCACCAUGGCGGGGCACAAGUGGACAUCUAUGAGAAGCUGCCUGUUCCCUUUGGGCUCGUCCGUUUUGGGGUGGCCCCAGAUCACCCAGAAGUGAAGAACGUGAUCAACGCCUUCACGCAGACAGCGCGCUCGGGGCGCUGCGCCUACUACGGCAACGUCACCGUGGGCAGGGACGUGACGGUGGCAGAGCUGCGGCAGGCGUACCACGCCGUGGUGCUGAGUUACGGUGCUGAAGAUAACCGGGUCCUGGGGAUCCCAGGGGAGAACCUCUGCGGAGUAUAUUCAGCCCGAGCAUUUGUGGGCUGGUACAACGGGCUGCCGGAGAACCGGGAUCUGAAUCCUGACCUGAGCUGUGAGACAGCGCUGAUUCUGGGUCAUGGCAAUGUGGCGCUGGAUAUUGCCCGGAUCCUCCUGUCCCCACUGCAGCUCCUCAGGAAGACAGACAUCACUGAUGGCUCCUUGGCAGCUCUUGCCUGCAGCAAGGUGAAGCGUGUCUGGCUGGUUGGGAGGAGGGGACCUCUCCAAGUUGCUUUCACUAUCAAGGAGCUGCGGGAGAUGAUAAACCUGCCUGGUGCCAGCCCUGUGCUGAACCCUGCUGACUUCACAGGCCUCGAGGAUGCUGUUAAAGAUGCCCCCAGGCCCAGGAAGCGCCUGACUGAACUGAUGAUCAAAACAGCCCUGGAGAAGCCUCCGAAGAAGCCAGUGGAGACAGUGUCCCCCCGGGAAUGGGGGCUGAAGUUCCAGCGCAGCCCCCAGGAGGUGCUGCCCACGGCUGAUGGGACACGGGCAAGAGGCGUCCGCAUGGCCCUGACCUGCCUGGAGGGCUCGGGUGACUCUGCCAAAGCCAUCCCCACUGGAGACAUGGAGGAGAUGGAGUGUGGGCUGGUGGUCAGCAGCAUUGGCUACCGGAGCCUGCCGCUGGACCCAGCAGUGCCCUUCGACACCCAGCGUGGCAUUAUUCCCAACAGCUCGGGCAGAGUGGAGGGUGUCCCAGGUCUGUACUGCAGCGGGUGGGUGAAGAGAGGACCCACGGGUGUGAUCAUCACCACCAUGAACGACAGCUUUGACACUGCCCAGUCUGUGCUGGAGGAUCUGCAGGGGGGCGUGCUGGACGUGUCCACCUCCAGAGAAGGUUUUGGGGCUAUGGAGAGCAUCCUGCGCAGCCGAGGGAUCCGUCCUGUUUCCUUCUCGGACUGGGAGAAGAUAGAUGCUGCUGAAGUGGCAAGAGGCAAAGCUGCUGGCAAACCCCGAGAGAAGAUCGUGGAUCCUCAGGAGAUGCUGCGGCUCAUCGGUCACUAAAGCAUCAGUGAUGGGAAUGUGGUGCUGGUCCAGCUGGUGCUGUCCUGGGGCAAGGCCAGUGGGUUACAGCACGGCCCUGGAGCACAGGGCUUGUGCCUGGAGCUGGUGGCUGCUCUGGAGAGGUGUGUGGCACUUGAGCUUCUCUAGUAAUGAUGAACUCUGGGCUCCCGAAGUGAAUGUCUCAAAGCAUCCGAGGCUGCUGGCUGGUGCUGCGCCUCUGCAGCCAGCUGCCACUCCUGGAGGUGAUAAUUGUCCUUUGUGUCCUUCAAGCAUUAAGGAAUUGGCUGAUGCAGGUGAGGGGAGCUGUGUCCCUGGCAGGGGGCCUGGCCAGGCGUUUUCCCCAUGGCAAGUCGACAGAGAAACCUCCUCGUGUCUCACUGCCUCCCCUUUAAGCCUCAAGCCAAAUGGCUUCAUUGCCUUGUCACUCGUGCCUGAGCAGGCUGCUUUGGAUAAUAUUUGUUUUUUAAAUAAACCCUUCCAGGGAAGCCAAAUUGGAGCUGCCACUUGA